CUUUCAAAAUGUCAUGACUAAUUACAAAUCAAUUAAACUCCACAAACAGAGCUGUCUUGGUUUCCAUUGAUAGCUUCCCUCUAGAGAAUUUACACACAUACGCACAAGCAGUCAGGUGGGGCAGGACGGGUUAAUGAGUGACUACACCGGGCAGAGGGCAGGUAUAUUUUACAGCCUUGGAGAAGAGCUAAAUGUUGGAAUAUGUCACCUAAAUUAAACUGCAGAUAAUCCAAAAAGAAACAUCAGCCUGGACUGAGAACAUCGGACGAUGAGCACUCGUCCAUAAUCGAGCUCGGACAAUCAGCCGGCCCUGAUUGGACUCUUUCCCUCUCGACGAGUUGCUGCCUGCAGCCGCUGUGGGAGCCGGAGUCACCAUGGAGACGGUGGUGAUUGUGGCCAUCGGGGUGUUGGCUACCAUUUUCCUGGCCUCCUUCAUUGCCCUGGUGGUGGUGUGCAGACACCGCUACUGCCACCCUCACGACCUGCUGCACCACUUCGACUCCAAACCCACAGUUGAUCUGAUUGGAGCCAUGGAGACUCAGAGUGAGCCAUCGGAGCUGGAGCUGGACGACGUGGUCAUCACCAACCCUCACAUCGAGGCUAUCCUGGAGAACGAGGACUGGAUAGAAGACGCUUCCGGUCUGGUCUCUCACUGCAUCUCCAUCCUAAAGAUCUGCCACACUUUGACUGAGAAGCUGGUUGCCAUGACGAUGGGCUCGGGGGCAAAGGUUAAAGCACCGGCCAGCCUGAGUGAUAUUAUCACCGUGGCAAAACGCAUCAGCCCGAGGGUGGACGACGUGGUCAGAUCCAUGUACCCUCCUCUGGAUCCAAUCCUCCUGGAUGCCAGGGCCACUGCUCUGCUCCUCUCAGUCAGCCACCUGGUGCUGGUCACCCGCAACGCCUGUCACAUGUCGGGCAGCAUGGACUGGAUCGACCAGUCGCUCCACGCAGCUGAAGAUCACAUGGUGGUUUUGCGAGAGGCGGCGCUGGCCUCUGAACCGGAACGAGGCAUACCUGGAGCUGACGCACAGAGAGAACAGGCCAUUUAGAGCAGCCACAGAUACAGACAGCAGGCAGAGGGGCGUGAAAAUUUGUCCGUUUUAGCCCUGAGCUGCCUCGUUUCUAAAAUCUGUACUCAGUUGAUACAGGCACAUAUUUUUGCCAGACAGUGUUGAAAAGCUUCCUAAACUCACCAUCCAAGGACUUCUGAUCAGUAAACAGGCUGUGAUGAUGGAUGCAGGGACUAGACUCUGUCCCUCGUUUAAAGAACAACCUCGGAGAAUCAUUUCUUUCAUUACACACCUUGCAUUCACUACGGUUACACAGUAAAGGCUGUAAAGUAGAUGCCACGCUUUCAUUUACACAUAGUUUUUUUUGUACAUAACCCUACAGAAGAUGUUUUUUUAGAGCUCGUCUGUUAAAGAUGUAAGCUGCCUGCAAGUGAAAGGCCUUUUGGAAAUUUCUUCUUGAGUGCGCCAUCACCCAGCGGUGGGCCUAAAUCCAAUCUCCCCAGCACCGCACAGUCACAUGGAGGCUUAGUCAGCUAAUCCAUUCUGUGGAAAAUAACACCCAGUUAGCUGGUGAGCUUCGACUCAGUGGACAGUGGAAGACUAACCUGACUUUUGGGGUCAGCGUGACUUGUGGAAGUUCAAAAACAUCCCUCAGUUGCUCUCAAGCUGUUAGAAAUCACCUGUCUGUGGGGUUUCUUCACAACUGUAGAGACCAACAGCAGUACUUUUAGAAAACGUUUUUCCAGUUCAGUAAUGCCCUUUUAGUGUAAAACCUGGUAUCUCUUACUUUUGAAAGUUAUUAGCCAUGCUACUGCCAUGCUUUAGGGAGUCUGUCCAGCACUCCAGAAUAAAAUAUGUCAACAUCUACUGGAUGGAUUGGCACAAAAAUUUGGUUCAUGGUUCCCAGAGGAUGAAUCCCAAUGACUUCAGUGAUCCCCUGACUUUUCCUCUAGCACCACCAACAGAAUGAUUGGCACAAAAAUCUGGGCAGACAUUCAUGUUUCCCUGAGGAUGAAUCAUAAUAACUUUGACAGUGCAAGACAGCAAGUCAAAAAAAGAAACACUUGUUCUUUAAUUCAGACCCUAAAAUGUUUGUAAGAAAAUUGAAAAUUUGCCCUGAAAUUCAACUGUAUCUGCUGUUUCUAUCUACAUGUGACCAGGAAUAAGAAAAAGAUACAAAUAUCAAAGCAGACCCAGAGAUGCUAGGUACAUGUGUUAGCGUUACAGUUGAUUUUUCCCAUCACAGAUGCAGAGUUUUACACUGUAAUGAGAGACACAUUGUGUCUUUGUGUUUCGCCAUGUCAUGAGGAUGUUUUGAACAGCGUGUUGAUUGAGGUGAAGCAGAAUUAGCGUGUUGUUUUGGGGCCAGAGGGAUGUUACUGGAGCAUGUCUACCUGUUCCCUCAUGCAUAGCUAAUAGUGAAUCCCCAUGGAGCCCUAAUAAGGCAUUACCCACAGCCGCAGUGAGCACACGGGCUCCGGCUACAAUACACAUGGCACAAACCUUUGUACACAAAAGGCUGGCAGACAAAUUAACACAUCAGUACAUCGAAUAUGACACAGCACUGUUAAAUACACAUCAUAGAUUAUGGAGUCAAACGCGCAUGGUGACAAUCAUUCAGUAGGAAAGAGAAGCAGCAGCUCUGUCAAUCAAAAACUGUAGCUCUGAACACACACAAUGUUUUGAUGGAAAGGUAUCAAUUGGUGGAGGAAACAUAUAGAAAGUGGUUAGCUUUUUAUUUUAUUUUUUUCUUGUUUACAUUGUUUAUUAGCAUUGAUCUGUUUUUGUAAGCACUCCUUUGUUUUCUCAUCCCUAUCCCACAGUUUGUUACUGAUGUCCUUGUACUCCCACACACCUUUUUUUCUUUUUAUCUUUCAUUGAUUUGUACAGAUAAAAUGAAGUUUCAUAGGAAAAUGUGGUUGGUUUUUUUUUUUGUUUUGUUUUGUUUUGCUCUGGACGAUAGCUACAGAGAGAAAUCCAUGUCCGAUAAAAUGUCCACACACUCGUACUAAUUCGACAUAAAUAAAAGUGAAUUUUUUCUUCUUUUUA